AUGGAAAAGGAUAAAACAUCGGCGGAAGAUACGGAACAGUCGUCAACGGACUAUUUCGACAAGUCCAUAGCGGACAAUGAGCAGAAGCAGUUUACACAUAUCGAUGACGGGUACUACGAGGAGGAUGAGCCGGAAAAGACCAGUACAAGGAGUAAUAUCUUCAAGCCAUUUAAAUUCAUAUUCCCUGAUCGAUACCCUCUGUCUUGGUUCGCGUUUCACCUAAUACUUAUCGGAGCAUACUUUAUCUUUAACUGUAACAGCCCAGACAGCAAGCAAACAGGCAGGGUUAUUGGAGAUGAGUUGUCCCUCGGGGCCCUGGUGUCGAUGAUUUUCAUCUUUACCACCAACGUCGCAAUACACAUCGCAUUCAUGUUCGUACGGUACCUGCUGGUCAGCUGUAUUUUAAACAGAAUUUGCCUGAGCAACGCACUCUGCUUCGCACUGCUUAACAUGUUGGAUCCGACGAUCUUCUACGCAAUCUUUUCAGCAUUUCAGUCUAUGCUGUGGCAAGUGCUGAUAAGGAAAGAUAACGAAAUAGAAGACAUAUUCCUUAUUGAUGUUUUUUCGAAUCCAACCUUCAGAGCGAUGUUGACGUUCCACAGAGCGUCGCUUCCGUGGAUAUCCUACGGAGUAUACCUGUACUGCCUGCUACUGUCAGUUUUAACGUUUCUAUUUGAACUAGGAUUUCUGAUGAGCUCCAACGACUCGAUGAAAAAGUACCUGGAGCUUUACAUAAAAAUAAGGAGGUUUAACAUCCUGUGGAUAUCGUACUCGCUCACAAAGCCGAAUCUGAUGGAGCUCAUAGAGUCUCUAUACAAAAAGGCGGGCUUCGAGCAGAUGAAUCAAACGAAGAAGAAGAGAAUCAACGUAAGGCCAGUGUUUAAAGACAGAGCCCUGGAAGUUUUAAAGGACCACAACAUGACCUCAGGAGACUUUAAAAAGACAGUUAAGGCACUAGACCUUCCCACACACGUCACGGAGUCACUGAUCAGUAACUCGAGUAAUUCAAGGCUUAAAAAUUGGAUGCUCGCCUACUAUGUGACAAAGACGUCGCCCUGCAUAUCGCUGCUGCACCAAGACAUCAUCCUCAAGAGCGAGGACAUGAUACAGAAGGUGUCGGAGUUGCUGUUUGAUCAAAUAUACGCAACCACGAACGACUACAUGGAGGCAGAUAAGAUGGACAGCGAGACUAUGGAUAACAACUACACAGCGCUGGUUAACUCAGAUUCGUGUCCGUCGAGAGAGGAUAAGGGGAAGAAGUUGGGAAUCAACCUGACGAACAUAGAGGAAAUACCAGCACAAAUCAUAAACACAGCACUGGAUAUAACAGAAAACACAGUGAAGGAAGUGGCGGACACAGCCAAGGAGGUGAUGGGACUAAAGGAAAAUGCUGCGCCAAAAAUUAGCAGGUCUGAGCUAAAGGAGAGGAUAAACGAGAAGGUAAAGAGCAGGAAAUCAAAAACAAACAUAGAAAUGGUGCCGCCGGGAGUUCAAGUAUCAGCGCUUAACUCGCCGAAGUCGUUCCCAGAUUUGGAGAAGUAUGAUACAGUUAAGAGUCUGAAGGCAGUAAGAAGAGACUUUAAGGCGGAGAAUAGGAGUAACAUGGGAAAUAAGAGAAUGAGCAGUGAAGCAAGCAGCUCGGACGGAAUAACGCAAAUAUAUAACCUGAGGAACGUCAGAGCGACGAUCAUGAGCGAAGACAUUAACAUCCAGGACGUGCUUAACUUCAGAGGACCGGAAAUCGUGGAUGUGAAGAACUCGUGCGACGGGUCGAAAAACACGUUCAACUACAAGUAUGACCGCUCAGAGCUGUUUAUCAGCAGAGAGAGGUUGGCGCUGUUUCUCCCGGAGGAGGACCUGGAUAAGACGAUAAACCUGAUUGACAUAUCAGGCCACGGAAGAAUCAACUUUAACAUAAUUAAGCAGGCGCUGACGAACCUGUUCUCGUCGAGGAAAAAGUUUAAGCGCAACCUGAAGGGACAGCAAAGCGUGUUCAGAGUAGUGAAGAAGCUGAUGUCAGCCUUCUCGUGGAUCAUCUCCUCAGUGAUACUGGCCUUUAUGGCGGGAGUGAAGGUGGAGGCAAUCGUGGUCUCAGGAGCAGCGCUGCUCUCAGCACUCACAGUGGCACUCAGCUACAUGUACACGAACUUCAUCACCUCGGUCAUAUUUGUGGCCUUCUCGAACCCGUACAACGUAGGAGACAGAGUGAGGCUUGACUCGGGAGAGCCGCUAAUCGUGAAGAAGAUCAGGACGUACACGACGGAGUUCGUGUCGAUCCACGGAAAGAUACUCAUAUACCAGAACUCGCUGCUCUCGACCAUGAAGAUCACGAACGAAAGCAGGGCGGAGACGGCGACGCUGGAGAUCAUCUUCAAGGUCGACGCGCACACGCCGGACGCGGCGCUGGACAAGUUCACGAGGAUCGUGAACACUGCGAUCAACUGCAGGCCCAACGACUUCGUCAAGGACAGCGCAGGACUCUACGGCUACGAGUUCUCGCCGGGGCACUGCUACGAGGUGGGACUCUGGCUCACGUGCAUCGAGAGCUGGGGGAACUGGCAGAGGAUCUACCAGCUGCGCACGGAGGUGCUGCAGCUGAUCAUCAGAGUCUGCAAGGAGCUGGGGAUCACGUACUACCUGCCAAUACAGCCGUUCCACUUCAAGGACGGCCUCGAAAUUUCGAACCACAAACACAAGUUCUAA